AUGGAAGGAGAGAAGCUGAUAGAAUAUCGCGGCGGCUUCCUGGGCGCUCCUCUGACCUUCUUCCUCGUCGUCGUCUUCCAGUUGCUAUCUAAGUGGCUCGACCAAUUGAAGAAGAAGGGGUCGAGGAAUACGAGGGAAGCUGAGCUUCGAUCCGAAAUUAAGCACCUCUUGAGGGAGGCCAGUGCAUUGUCUCAGCCAGCCACAUUUGCACAGGCAGCAAAACUUAGGAGGUCGGCAGCUACCAAAGAAAAAGAACUUGCACAAUACCUGGAGCAGCAUAAAAAAGAAAUCCAAAUGUCAUACGAUAUGUAUGGAAAGGUUCUGCUUGUCUCAAAGGUUGUGGUAUAUCUAAUCUUGGUACUCUGGUUCUGGAGGACUCCAAUCGCUAUAAUUGCUAAGCAACUUGUUCAACCGUUUGGUGAGUAG